AUGGCAAAUUGGAUUGAAAAUCCCUACAUUGUUGAAUCCUCUGAUUCUGAAGAAGAUAAUGAUGAGAAUUAUAAUGAAGAUAACAAGGAAGGAACUGAUGAUGAAGAAGACGUUGAUGAUGAAAAAGACGUUGAAGAUGAAGAAAAUGAACUUGAUAUUGAUAAGGAAGGAGCCUCUGUUCAGGGAGUGAGUUCUCCUCCAAAAAUGAACAAGCACAUCCAUUUCUCCUAUACUUCUUCAUCCACUACCUCUACCGAUGAUAUUGUACAUUGUGGAUCAACCCCACACAAAAUGGAAACUACUAAUCCAUUGAUUCAAUAUGUGAAUCCCCCAAGCUCAGCGUCUCCUACUCCUCAAGAUGCAACUGCUCCUCCAAUGCCAACUCCCCUUUAG